AUGUCUGAUCAGGUAGAAACCACAGACAUUCUGAUCAUCGGCUGCGGUCCCACUGGGGCAAUGUUGUCUGGAUAUCUAGGACAGCUAGGAGUAGCCAACAUUGUCCUCGAGAAAGAAGCAGCUAUCAACACUGAUCCGCGUGGUAUUGCCCUCGACGAUGAUGGCAUUCGACUAGUGCAAGGCCUCGGGUUGUAUGAGCAUAUUUUCACCAAAAUCGGGUCUAGCUUGGAAAAGGUUCGAUUCGUGAGUGGGACUCAUCAGAACCUCAACGUGAACCCAUUUCUUGUUUUUGACACAGCAUCGAGCGAGGGGCAUACGGGCCAUGUGGGUGUUGUUGCGCAUAAGCAGCCAGUCCUCGAAAAGUAUCUCAGGGAAGCAGUCGACAAGGCAGAAACCAGCGAAUUGAGAAGUAAUUGUACUCUUACAUCGAUCUCCGAAGAUGCAGAUUGGGUCUACGCGACCUACGAUCAAUCUGGCACACAGGGAAAAAUCCGGGCAAAGUAUCUAGUGGGUGCAGAUGGGAAGACGGGUUUUACACGCAAGAAUUACUUAGAGCCUAAGGGCAUCCAAUUGGAAUGGGCUGAAAAGACCAAGUAUCAAGAGGUAUGGGUUGCGCUCAACUGGAAGCUACACCUCCCCACGAAAGAAACACAUCCUUCAUUCCCACUGUGGGAUCGUGGAUACACGCCUCAGGAUGUCUAUGAUCUUUUCUUUCCCAAAGACUUUCGCUUUCUCUGCAAUCCUGCUCGGCCAGCUGUGUGCGGCCGAUUCGGUCGCCCCGAAGACCGGCUUUGGCGAUUUGAAUUCGUUGUUUCAAAUGAUGAAGACUCAAUGGAAAUGGCAGGGCCGGAGAAAGUUCGUGAGGUCGUGUAUCCAUAUUUGCGACACCCGGGCAGUCGUUAUGGACUUAAGGAAGACGUUGAAUUUCCUGAAGACUGCAUUGAAGUCCUCCGAUCGCGGCCAUUUAGCUUCUCUGCCAGAAGCUGCAACAAGUGGGCCCUUAACCGUGUGAUUCUGUGCGGAGAUGCAGCUCAUGUCUUCCCACCAUUCGGGGGACAAGGAAUUGCCUCAGGAUUCCGAGAUGCUAUCUCGGUCGCCUGGCGUCUGGCUAUUGCAAGCUCAUCAAAGCAAAGCCAUGACCGCCUCUUCAAAGGUUGGUACUUAGAAAGAAAGCAGCAGCUCGACAAAUCUCUCGCCACGACGGUCCGAAACGGUGACAUGGUCAAUGGAAAAAGCCCUGUUCAAAUCUUCCUUCGCGACUGGGGACUGUGGGCGCUUCAGCUACUCCCUUCUUGGAAACAUUGGAUUUCUCGCGGGCCUCGAAGCGACGGUCCCACUCGCUAUACUCAUGCACCCGGUCUACCUUUUAUGCCCGAGCUGGGUGGAGGGGAAUCCUUUCCCCAGACAUUCUGUGUAGGACUCCAGCAGAACUCGGUGGUGCAAUUUACCGACGAUGCGAUCUUCGGUGGUAAGAAGAAAAUGUUUCAGAUCGUGGUUCUACUGGACGAUCCUCAUGGCUUACAGCAAGCCAUUCGCGAUUUGGAUGGGAUCGAUCAAUUUUGCGAUUUGUUAUCGCAGGAUGAAGCCACAUUUUUUGUUCCCCGUGGCCAAUGCACUGAAGGUACAGAUCAAUGUGAGCCCCGGCUGCAUCGAACUGCGACUGGUGAUGAAUUUGGGAAGUCGCCCUUGUGUAUGUCUCGGCCUUUUCCAUACGGCUAUGAUGAGAACCUUAUGUGGAAGAGCGUGGAAGGCAAACGAUAUGUCAUUUUGAGGUUUGACCGCUUUGUUUUUGCGCUUUGUAAUACGAGGGAGGAGUUGGAAAAAGCCGCCUCUGAAAUGCUAGAUAGUCUCUCAUAG